GACUAAUAAUCGAAAAACACUUCCGCUGUGGUUGCUUAGGGACCUGUGAGAAGAAGUCGCUGUAUAUUGUAAAGCGCAGACCCACUGACGGUGACCCACUGACGGUGACCCACACCCGUCGGGCCACAGGACGGUUGUUUUCAAUCAAUUGUUAGUAUCAUUUUUGAAUUUGUUUUCCAAGAACCUGAAGAGGUGGUGAAGUGUGUCGUGCUUCUCAUGGGAGCGCAGACAGAAGCAACAGAAAGAAAACGACCGAGCAAAGAGAACAAACAAACAAACACAGCAGCCUCUCUUGCCACACACAGUUAUGUUUCACCACUGCUACUGAGUACUUUGUUCUAACACUAUAGUACACCUUUACGGACCACCUUUAGUGGCGCAUGGUGACAACAAGGUCUUCGUAUCGAUGUGGGAUCGAUUACAGAGUCUGGAUCAGCAGCGCAGGGAGCACAACACGAGCGGAGCUAGCAGCCACUCUUCAGAGGAUUCAUCGCCACGUUAGGCCGCCGGUCAUGGGGUUGACCAAGCAGUACCUGCGCUACGUCUCCAGUGCAGUGUUUGGAGUAAUCGGCAGCCAAAAAGCCAACAUCGCAUAUGUGACCCUCCGAGGGGGAGAGAGGGGCCGCUAUGUUGCUGUGGCUGCAUGUGAGCACGUGUUCAUCUGGGAUGUCCGAAAAGGAGAGAAGGUCCUGAUCCUGCAGGGCCAGAAACACGAGGUGACCUUCCUCUGCCCCUCACCCGAUGGCAUCCACAUCGCCGUGGGUUACGAGGAUGGCGCCGUGCGAAUCUUUAGCUUGAUGAAUGGCGAGAGCAAUGUCUCCUUCAAUGGCCACAAGUCUGCUGUCAGCGUCAUACACUACGACAGGCUCGGAGCUCGGCUCGUCACUGGUUCCAAGGACACAGAGGUGAUCGUGUGGGACAUCAUCAACGAGUGUGGGCUGUACAGGCUGAGAGGCCAUAAAGACAUCAUCACACAGGCCUUGUUCCUCAAAGACAAGAACCUCCUGGUCACCAGCUCCAAGGACAGUUUUGUGAAGUGGUGGGACCUGGACACACAGCACUGCUUCAAGACCAUGGUGGGCCAUCGCAGUGAGGUGUGGAGCAUGGUGCUGUUGAACCAGGAGUACAGGCUGUUAACAGGCUCAGCAGACAGUGAACUCCGAGCCUGGGACAUCAGCUACCUGCAGGAGGAGAAAGCUGAGGGUGAACCCAAGGUGAAGAAGGGGAAGACUCUGCUGGAGGAUGACGACGAUGAAGACAACGAAGAAGGGCUGGAUGAGAGUCCGGAAGAGCGGAUCCUGAGUUGUAAAAAAGCCGGCACUAUCCUGAGAGAGGCCAGGGACAGAGUUGUCUCCAUGACAACGGACCACAAGGCCAGAGUCAUCGCCUGCCAUGGCAAUGAUUCAAUCCUGGAGCUCUUCACUGUGCUGUCAGAGGAGGAAGUGCAGAGGAAAAUGACAAAGAAGUUGAAGAAAGCCAAAAAGAAGGCAGCUAAAGCUCAGGAAGAUGCAGGCGAGGAGGCAGCAGAGCCGGUGGUGGAGAGGACGCUGAAGGACGAGAUCAUCAGACUGACCAACAUCAAGGCCUCCGCCAAGAUCAGAUGGGUGGAAUGCCUGUCAUGUGUUGGUGGCGAGCUGAAGGUGGCACUGCUGCUACAGAACAAUACUGUCGAGACCUACAGCCUGAAGACUUCAGACAAGACCCCCACAGCCAAUAAGACAGCUCGCCUCACACUCGGAGGCCACCGCACCGACGUCCGCACGCUGGCCUUCAGCUCGGACAACCUGGCCGUCCUCUCCGCCUCUGGUGACACUGUCAAAGUUUGGAACAGGUCAACUCUGCAGGUGAUUCGCACCAUGGCCUGUGACUACGCCCUCUGCUCCCUCUUCGUGCCUGGAGACAGACAGAUAAUUCUGGGGACCAAGAGUGGGAAACUGCAGAUCUUUGAGUUGGCCUCAGGAAGCCUCCUGGAGACUGUGGACGCCCAUGAUGGAGCCCUGUGGUCCCUGUGCCUCGCCCCAGACCAGAGGGGGAUUGUCACAGGAAGUGCAGAUAAGACAGUGAAGUUCUGGGAGUUUGAGCUGAUAAAGGACCAAGGGACGGCCCAAAAGAGGCUGACAGUGAAACACACACGGACUCUGCAAUUGGAGGAAGACGUUUUGUGUGUGAAGUUUUCUCCUGACCACAGACUGCUGGCUGUCUCUCUGUUAGACUGCACUGUGAAGAUCUUCUACACAGACACACUUAAGUUCUUCUUGUCUCUGUAUGGACACAAGCUGCCUGUUCUUUGCCUGGACAUCUCCCAUGAUAACACAAUCAUCGCCACCGGCUCAGCUGACAGAAACCUGAAGAUCUGGGGUCUGGACUUCGGCGACUGUCACCGCUCCAUGUUUGCUCACGACGACAGCGUCAUGUUCCUCCAGUUUGUCCCCAAGACUCAUCUGUUCUUCACAGCAGGGAAGGAUAAGAAGAUCAAACAGUGGGACGCCGACAAGUUUGAGCACAUCCAGACGCUGGAGGGCCAUCAUCGGGAGGUUUGGUGUCUGGCCAUCAGCCCCAACGGCGACCACCUCGUGUCGGCAUCCCACGACAAAUCCCUGCGUCUGUGGGAGAGGACCAGGGAGCCCAUCAUCCUGGAGGAGGAACGAGAGAUGGAGCGAGAAGCAGAGUUUGAGGAGAGCAUGGCCAAAGGAGACGUGCCUGUGGUACCUGGAGAGACUCAAGGAGAGGCAGCACCAGCCAGCAAGAAGACUGUUGAGACGGUCAAAGCUGCGGAGCGAAUCAUGGAAGCUCUGGAACUUUACAAAGAGGAGAACAGGAAGCUGGAAGUGCAUAAAUAUGCUUGUGAGAAUGCAGGCAAAGAGCUUCCUCCACCAAAACCCAAUCCUAUCCUUGUGGCCUUUGGGAAUGUUUCACCAUCACGCUACGUUUUAGAUGUCAUAAAGAAGGUCAGAUCGAGUGAGCUGGAGGUUUCUCUGCUGGUCUUACCGUUCCCUUACGUCCCUGAGCUGCUGAAGUUGUUCAACAGCUACAUCCAACAGGGCCUGGAGGUGGAGCUGGUCUGCCGCUGCCUUUUCUUCCUUCUCAAAAUCCAUUUUGGUCAGAUCUCCAGUAACCAGAUGCUGCUGUCUGUCAUCGAUGAGCUACGGACAAAUACUGUCUCCAAAGUGCGAGAAAUCAGAGAUGUGAUGGGCUUUAACAACGCAGGGCUCCAGUUCCUCCAGCGGGAGAUCGAGAGCAAGGAGGACGUGAUGUUCUUUGCCGACGCCACAGGCCAACUGAAGGACAAGAAGAAGAAGAGGAGGAAGAGGGAGCGAGCCAUCCUGACCAUCGCCUGAAUCAUAACGGACAUUUUUGACUGUUUGUGUAUAAACAUCCCCUCCCCAUCCCCUCCCAGCUGUGGACCAGAGGGUUUACACUGUUGUACGUAGGAUGUAACACGGUGUUAUUCAGUGACACGCUUCAUUUCCCAAAUAAACUGUGUCUGACUUUUUCUCA